AAUAUGUCAUGAUUUUAUAAGUUUGAUACAAUGUUUGUGAAUAAAUGUUGGCGAAUUACGAAUUGUAUUUGUAAUAGUAUUUAUCUUUUAUAGUAGUUCCUUACGAUAUAUUAUGAUAAUUGCUUUAUUCAUUAAUAACUCGAAGAUAUAAUUUAUUAUUUAGGAAGUAUAUGAGUAUAAGUGGUAUGACUGUUCAUGCAACUAUGCAAUCGAUUAAUUUGUUAUUCUAUUUGUACGUGGUUAUUGACCAUGCAGUAUCAUCAGAGGCUGGAUUAUUAGAUCCCAUUAGAAGUAUGUUCAAUCCGAUCCCAUCAAGCCGACCACGGCGCAGGCCCGAUCUAUUACUCGGACCAUUAGUAUCACGAUUCCGGGAUUCGGAACUACGUUAUGACAGCAUGGAUUUUGAUAAAAACGCACGAAGUAUCCCUGAGAAGUAUCCCGACUAUCCAAGGCCUUACGACGACACCAUUAAAACUCACAUCAUUUAUGGGCACUCAUUUAGGAAGAAAACAACAAAAAAGCCGAAAGGAAAGGCGACAUGUUCAAAAGAUUCAGAUGAGCCUUGUAAGGAGGAGCCACCAAAGGAUCCAUGUAAAGAAGCACCACCGAAAGAUCCAUGUAAGGAUCAAAACGAAUGUAAACCACCGAAGGAACCCUGUAACGAUUCGCCACCGAAAGAUCCGUGUAAGGAUCAAAAGGAAUGUAAACCACCGAAGGAGCCCUGUAACGAACCGCCACCGAAAGAUCCGUGUAAGGAAUGUAAACCACCGAAGGAGCCCUGUAACGAAUCGCCACCGAAAGACCCAUGUAAGGAAUGUAAACCACCGAAGGAGCCCUGUAACGAAUCGCCACCGAAAGACCCGUGUAAGGAUCAAAAGGAAUGUAAACCACCGAAGGAACCCUGUAACGAACCGCCACCGAAGGACCCAUGUAAGGACCAAAAGGAAUGUAAACCACCGAAGGAGCCCUGUAAAGACUCGCCACCGAAAAAACCGUGUAAAGACGAACAUAAUCCAUGUGUACAUUCAGAACCACAAAAGGACCCAUUUAAAGAACAAGAAGAGCAUAAUCCAUGUCCACAACCAGAACCACCAAAAGAACCAUGUAAACCUUGUAAGCCACCUCCCAAGGAACCCUGUAAACCAGAACCACCAAAGGAGCCUUGUAAACCACCUCCCAAGGAACCGUGUAAACCAUGUCCACCACCAAAGGAUCCAUGUAAGCCCCCUCCGAAGGAUCCGUGUAGUCCAUGUCCACCGCCAGAGCCACCAAAAGAGCCUUGUAAGCCACCUCCAAAGGAACCGUGUAAACCAUGUCCAAAACCAGAACCACCAAAAGAACCUUGUAAGCCCCCUCCAAAGGAUCCGUGUAGUCCAUGUCCACCACCAGAACCACCAAAAGAACCUUGUAAGCCACCUCCAAAGGAACCGUGUAAACCAUGUCCAAAACCAGAACCACCAUGUCCAAAACCAGAACCGCCAUGUCCAAAACCAGAACCACCAUGUCCAAAACCAGAACCUUGUAACGACUCACCACCAAAAGAGCCAUGUAAAGAUAAACCACCACCGUGUCCACCAAAAAAAGAACCGUGUAAAGAAGAAGAAGAGAAACCUCUUAAAGAUGAAAACAAUUCAAAAUGGCAAUCAGAUGAUAUUCAUCCAAAUGAUCCCCAAAAACUUUCGUACAGACCAUAUUAUUCUAAAGUGUCUGCUUCUACCACGACUACUUCCAAAGUAUCUAUCAUUGGAACUGGUGAUUCAAAAAUACAUCCUUUUACCUAUCCUAAACUAUCUGCUGAAGAUCUAUUUCACGCAAAAAUUGCUAAUGAUUUAUUCAAUUCCAAAAUACCAUUUGAGCCUUUGAUUCCAGACAUACACACUGAUAGUUUAGACAAUUUACCUAAUGAGGAUUCAAACAAUGCGGUCGGCAGAUCGUAUGAUGAGUGGCCUGAAGUUUCUGAGGCCGAAGCAGUGGUUUCUGGUGAAACCCCAUCUAAUUUUAAUGCAGAAUCAGAUGUGGUUGAUGAAACCACAACCAAGUCUAAUGCAGAACCAGAUGAUUCAGAAUAUGAUGACAUCAUAGCCCAAAGGUUUCCUCAAGCUAUAAAGUUAUUAGAGGAGCUAAAAAAAUUAAACCAACUAAAAGCUAUUUUAAAACUACAAAAAUUACAAAAGGAAGGACAUGUGAGUGCUAUCACUGAGAAUAGUGAAUAUAAUGAACCAACAGAAGCAGUGACAAAGGUAUCCUCAAAAAAAUCUUAUAAUUUUCGAGAUAUAAGCGACCUAUUGGUGACUGAAAAAUUUUUGAGAACUUCUACUGAAGCUAGUUACAUUCCUAAAAAAGUAGUUUUGACAAAACUAUUAAAAAAAAGACAUAACUAUCAAGCAAAAUUUGUUUAGCUCGAUGAUGAUUUGAGCAGCACUAAUAAUACUAAAGAAAUUAUUUACUAUAUUGAAUACAAAUAUAACAUAAAAGGUGUUAAAGUUUAGAUUAUUUGUAUAAAUAAAUAUAUUUAUUUUUAACUACCCA